UAAAAAAGUUUCAGUUUAUCACGCCUAUAUCACAGCAGGCCAGUCCAUUGCUGACAGUCUUGGCAGAGCCUGUAAAUUUGAAAAAUUUCGGGAGAAACUUAGUUGUGAGGUGGAUUCUAGAGACAUGCCAAAAAUUUUUCGCAGCUUUCUGUCCGAUCGCUACAGCGACAAAAUCGAAAGAUUCUACCAGCGCUACGAUGGUUUCUUUCGAAAGACACCUAAUUUAGCGCCAAUGACGAGGCCGAGAGUGACCAAUUUUGAAAAGAGUUCAACGAAAACCAGGCAGUUCUCAAAAUAUACCUAUCAUUAUGGUACAGAAAAACCGAAGGACGAUUGGCGUACUGGUGACAAUAUACCGAUUUUGGUCCGAAGAGAAAUGGAGGAGCGACUUGGGGUUCAAUUAAUGGCAAUUCAGCCUGAUGCAGAAACUAAUGUUUUCAGCCACACUAUCUGGCAAUUGGACAUGCUGGAUCAAAGUCCAGAGAUAGUCCCCAAAAACAUAGGAACCUCCAGAGUGGGAACUAUCCAGGUCCGUGCAAAAACCACGCAGCGCACUCGGGGCAGGAAAGCCGCAACUCAGUCUAAGCUGAGCCAAAAGAAGGCGGCAGGGAAAGCGGAAAAGCCACCGCCACUAGCACCACCCACGCCUCCACCACCCCCCACUUUGGCUUCCCAAAAGAAGCCGGCAGAGAAACGUCGGUUCAAAGCAAAGGGCGAGGAGUUUCAGUGUAGCGGUUGCAUUAAGAAGUUCGAACACUCCUGGAUGCUGAUCGCCCAUAUGCGUGUCCACACAGGAGAGCGGCCUUUUGUGUGUCCCGAACAGAGCUGUCAGAAGUCCUUUGCUGAUCGCUCCAACUUGAGGUCACAUCAACGCACAAUGCGCCACCACAAUUGGAGCCAUCAGUGUGGACAAUGUGGCAAGUAUUUUAGUCAGAUUUGCUACUUGAAUCGUCAUUCCAUGGAUGCCUGUCGGAAGUACUUGAUGACAGUAAUGCACAAAAAGAACUGAAAUUUGAAUAUACAAUUUUAUUUAUCGUUCAAAGUGUGCCUUAUUAAAGUGUGUAUAAAAUAAUAAAUAUUCGUAAUAAGAUUACAGUUUGGUAACUAAGAAAAUAUGUUGAUUCUCCCUUUGAAAUUUCGUAAUUUGUUUUUCCAAACGUCAACUGACACUUAAUCCUUUGAAGGCGGAUUUCCAUUUUCCGCCGGGCGUGUCUAUCCACUUACCAUUUCAAAGCAAAUCGCCUCAGCCUGAAUGGCAUUUGGCCCAAUGUAUUGGCCAAGUUUCAAGUAGCACCGACCAGACGGCGUUUGCACACACUUACCAAAACUGUGGAACACACAACCGAUGCAGUUGCGUUCAAUGCAACUAAAUUGGCUCAUUAGCAAACAGAAUGGGUUGAGAGGCAGAAUGCGGAGGAGGGUUAGCGCUAGGAGAAUCGUUUCUUUGGGCAGUCAAAACAUUCCCGAGGAUUGGCUCAAUCCUCAAAAGUUCCAAGUCCACAAGUGUUUUGCGCAGCGACUAAAUCAAACAAUGCCAAUGAGAGACUGCACUGCACAAAAUAACUUACAAGUUUAUUUCUUUUUAAAGUCGUAUAAUAUUACAGUUUUGACGUCUGCUGAAAGUGAAAUACUU